UUGGGUUUUCCGUCGGCAUUUUCAUUUCCAGCACCCUCAUCUCCGCAUUCAAGGAUUCGCUCUAGUAUUCUGUUUUAGUCGAGGAAGGUAGUAUUACGCAUCGGAUCACUGUGCUCUAGGCCUGCUGCAGGUGGAGUUUCCUGGAUUGCAGCGAUGGAGUUCGUAGGCGGGACGGCAGCCACAGCCCUCAGAAGCGCAAGCAAUGGCAUUAUGCAGUGUGCAGGCCAACUGGGCACGAGCUUCAAUGGCAGAGGUCCUUCGAGGAGCCAGCGCAAGGGAUCUGUGGUGAUCUCAGCGAAGAAGGGGAAGAAGAGUGGCGAACAUGAGUACCCAUGGCCAGAGAAAAUGGGGGAAGUCUAUCAGGGCGAAAUUACUGAUGGGGCUCUGAAAUUCUUGAACCGCUUCAAACCUUUGCCGAAUCCGCCGAAGCCUGUAACUCUUCCUUUCGAGAGCCCUAUUGUGGACCUUCAGAACAAGAUUGAUGAAGUUCGGGAGCUUGCGAACAAGACAGGCAUGGAUUUUACUGAUCAAAUUGCUGAGCUCGAAGAGAGAUAUAACCAGUUGCGUAGGGAGCUCUAUGGACAACUUACACCAAUGCAGCGCCUUAGUGUGGCCCGUCAUCCUAACCGACCAACUGUCCUAGACCACGUCAUGAAUAUCACAGACAAGUGGGUGGAACUCCAUGGCGAUCGAGCUGGGUUUGAUGACCCCGCUAUGGUCUGUGGUGUUGGGACUAUGGAUGGAAUGAGCUUCAUGUUUAUUGGUACCCAGAAAGGUCGGAAUACAAAGGAGAACAUCUACCGUAACUUUGCUAUGCCAAUGCCAAACGGAUAUAGAAAAGCUCUGCGCUUUAUGCGACAGGCAGAGAAAUUUGGUUUUCCUAUCCUCACAUUCAUUGAUACCCCAGGAGCAUAUGCUGGUAUCAAAGCAGAAGAAGUUGGUCAGGGAGAAGCCAUUGCUUUCAAUUUGAGGGAAAUGUUUGGCAUUAAAGUGCCCAUCAUCGCAAUCGUAAUUGGAGAGGGUGGCUCUGGAGGUGCACUUGCCAUUGGAUGUGGUAACAGAAUGUUAAUGCUUGAGAACGCAGUCUACUAUGUAGCAAGUCCGGAAGCAUGUGCUGCUAUUCUCUGGAAGACUGCUGCUGCGGCCCCCAAGGCCGCGGAAGCUUUGCGUAUCACUGCGCAUGAGUUGGUGAAACUAAAUGUUGUGGAUGAGAUUAUUCCAGAACCUAUAGGUGGCGCACAUUCUGAUCCUGUGCAGACUUCCAAAAACAUCAAGACGGUGGUCAUGAAGCAUAUGAAAGAGUUGAUGAAGAUGGAUGUAGAGACUCUGUUGCAGGAUAGAGCAGCCAAGUUCAGAAAGAUAGGUGAAGUGGAGGAAAGUGCUGAAGUAGAUCCAUACAUCAAGCGUAACAUGAAGAAGAGAGACGCUCCUCUUGAAGGUGAUGACCUCAGGAUGCUUCCUUCUGGCAAUGGAAGUGCACCCAAGGCACCCGUGGCUAGUAAUGCAACCAGCGAUAGCUUCAGGGAGUAGGCUUACAGAUACCAUGGGUGUAGGCCUAUAUUUUUAAUGUCUAGUGCUUGCACCCUUCGUCUGACCUACAUGUUUUGACGACAUCCUCUUAGUUGAAGGAGAUUGUACCGUAUAAGAGAGUCCCACAUAGAUUCAGCGACUUGACUACCCUUGAGAAUCAGCAUUUAAGUAGCACCAGGUAGUGUUGGGUACAUAUCUAUUUUAGCAAUUUUAUUCCUUUUCCUGCCAAAGAUUUCUCGAGACUUCUCUGCAGUUGGGCUCUUCACCCCAGUUAGUGUGCUUUAGCAGUCUGCACUAAAUUCAAGAGCUAGAAAUUACAGCUUAAGAUCCCUUAUUACUGGAUGCACCUGAUGCUCGGAUAUACAUACCUACGCAGAUUGGUUUCUUGUGAGUUGAGUUUCUUAAGCAGCAAUUGGGUCACUGAA